CAGCAGUCCAUUCGAGUCACAGACAUCAAUUACAUCGUCCACUUCGUCAAUUCGCUAUUCAUAUGUCUUGCAGCAACCGAUAGUCAGUGCGACGCCGGACAAUCGACUUACCACAUAGAUUUUGGCCUCCAACACAAUGCGCGUUACUCGCGCUGCGCAACGCGCCCAGCAGGACGUCGAAGAAUUGAUCGAGGCACCCGAGGUCAGCGACCGCGCACUUAAAGACAUUGAGCCGAAUGCAUCUUCACCUGUAGCCCAGACCGAGGAGCCCUUGCCUGCAAAGACGCCCGCGAAAACACCAGCAAAGAGGAGCAAGGGCAAAGGCGGGAAGAAGGGCACCAAGAGCAAGAAGGCGCAGUCAGAAGAUGUCGAAUCGGUACAGGCUAUCGAAGAAGCUGAACAGCGAGAGACUACGGGCUCAGCUGGCGAAACCGUGGAGCAUGAACCGACCCAAGAGCUUGCAGAUGGCGGUACUGAACCCUCAAACAACAAAGAAGACUUGAACGCACGGCAAUCUUCUGCACUCAGACUUACGCGCCGCCAGCUUGCGAAGUUCGAAGAAGAUGAGACACUCGGCAGUUCAGAACGCGCGCCCUCUACCCGAGAAGAAAACGCGACCGAAGACACAGUGAAUCCGGUUGUAGAGCCAUCUCAGGCAGCUGUUCACGAGAAGACUCGUACCUCUCCUGAACAGGAUGACAUGCCAACCAGGCCAAAUCAGCCCAUUGAAGUCGAGCCAAGAUCAGCACCAAAACCUGUGCGAAGUACGCGACGUCAACAGACAAAGCUCGAAGAAGAACGUGGGGCGCAAGGCUCAGAGAAGGCCGCAGAAAAGGACAUUGAAGGAUUCGAAGCACCUCCCGGGGCGGAGCAUGAUGUUGCGACCAAGGGAGACGACUUGGUCGCAGAUGCCACAGAAGGCGAACCUGAAGUGGCGCCAAAGCCCAAACGUCUUACCCGACGACAACAAGCGAAGCUCGAUGAAGAGCAACAGCAGGCGCAAGUCGAGCAGCAAACCACACCUGAUCCAACUGAGGCGGUUGUUGUGGAUGCAGUCACAAAGCCACAAGCUGUAAUUGUGGGAGAAGAGCAGACCUCCGAACAGAUGCCCGCAAAGGAGGUUAGCGAAAUUGAGGAUAUCGCGCUGACACCAGCGUCUGCCGUAGAGGAGCAGUCAACAGUGGAAGAGGAGCUUGAAAUAAGGUCAUUAAGAGCAGUUGAAGAAGUCAAGUCAGCACUGAAGAGGGAGAGUCAAGAUAUCGAGGUCCAGGUGUCUGAAACUGUACAUGAAAACGACCGUUUUGACGGGACAGUUGAGACGCGUCCAGCAACACCCACAGACGCCGAGUUCGAAGCGGAACUUGGAGGGCAGGUCGACGAUUCAGUUACUCAUGAACCUGUACCUUCACUCGAAAUUACUUUAGAAGCAGAACCAAAGAUGCUAUGCGAUGAGAAACCGUUCGAAGCAUUGGCAUCUACACCAAAGAUGAAGCAAGGCUCGAUUCGACGAAGAUCACGAAGUCCAUCAAAGUCUCCAAUGCGUAUCGAAGAAUCAAUAUCGGCUAUCGAUCGACUCGAGGAGGAUCUCGAGUCUAUUGGCAAAGCAAUUCCCGACCUUGGUCAGUCUGAUGAGGAGAUACAGCAUUUCACAAAGUCUACUGCUUUGCGUGGAAAGACACCCAGCAAGACGCCUAUAAAGGCGCUUGCCGCCCGAGCUCCAGCGAGAAUUACAAGCAAGGCAUCAACCAAGACGCCCUCCAAAGCACCCAUCACUACGAAGGCGCCAGUCGCUUCGAGAAUCUCAAAGGUGCCAAAUGCCGCCCCUAAGAGCGUGAAACCUACCACAGCGUCUCUUAUGCGGGCAAGUAGCGUCCGCAGUGCCCCGGUCAAAGAUGGCGGGAAGCCUUCGACUGAGACAGUCGAUUAUCUGGCGUCCAAGCGCCGCCCUAUCAGUUUGUCUUUUCCCACACCUCCACCACCACCGAAGGGCAGGGCGCCCACGAAAGCGACCUUCCAAUUGUCCAGCGACAAUGUUGCGGCAAGGCUCAAAGCGCAGAAAGAGGAGCGUCUGAAGCGAGAGGCAGAAGGCGCAGCCGCUCCAAAACAGCGACCACUCAGUAUGCCACCACCACCCAAGUCGACAAAGCCACCCACAGUACCAAGUUUCCAACUUCCUGGUGAGGCGACAGCCGCAAAGCUAAAGGCGCAGAAAGAAGAGCGCCUGAAGCGUAUGGAGAAAGUGGGGAGAGCUGAAAAGACCGCCACACGACCGAUCAGCAUGCCUCCGCCGCUCAAAUCGACAAAGCCAGUGACAAAAGCCAGCUUUCAGCUGCCGGGUGAAGCGACAGCAGCACGAUUAAAAGUACAGAAAGAAGAGCGUAUGAAGCGCAUGGAAGAGGCUGAAGCUGCCAAAAAGGCCACUCUUGCUGCGCCAGUUCGAAAGCCAAUCGCCCAUCGACCGAGAGAAUCCUUGCUUGUCAGAGACGCACCAGGUGUCAGCAUUCCACUACCUCAACGGACGGACGUCCCGCAGCGCUCAACGUCGCUGGCAAGCAAGCGGAGCAGUAUCAUUGGACCCUCGGGUUCGCGCUCGACGUCGACAUCGUCGGCGAACCGCAACAGUAUUCUGCUCGCACAGUGCGGUAAAUCAACAGUUGGUUCUGCAGACGCUGCAGCUCUGAAGAUGAAGGGCAAACAAGUUUUCAAUCGAGACACGAUCGAAAAGCAGGCGAUGGAGCGUGAGCGAAGGGAAAGGGAAGAAGCAGCCAAGAAAGCAAGAGCAGAGGCUGCCGAGAGGGGGAGAAUUGCAUCAAGAGAGUGGGCUGAGAGGCAACGACAGAAACUAAUGGGAUAAAAAAGGUCCCGUCAUGGAUCUCCUAUGAGUCUGCGUUCUGCUAUGGUGUUCUGGUUUGGGUAUAUCCCCUUGGGUCCUGGAUUGGCGUCUCUUGUUCUAAAUAUGUGGUCCUGUCAGGGCACACAAUACAUAUUCGCUAUUCAAUGCGAAGCAGAGCAGUACAUAUUUUA